AUGACAACCACAUCGACACCGCCACCAUUAAGCAACACAGCAAGCACAUCGUCAGGCAACAACAACACGACAACAGCAGUUCACACAAGAUCAGCAGCCACAUCAGCAGCAACAGCAGCAACAGCAGCAACAUCAUCAUCUUCAGCAGCAGCAGCAGCAGCAGCAGCGACUUCGGGGGCAGGCAGUUCGAUUAAGCGACGGGCCCUCACACCGCCAGCGAAUGUGAGCAGCGGUGCAGCUGAGGUGCUGAACAGGCGGCGGGCAUUGGCCCCACCGCCGGCACCACCAGUUCCUGUUCCUGCCACACCGCCGGUAACCGGAGGAGCCCUGCCCACCGCUCCACCCGCACACACAAACACCUCCAGCAACACAUACGAAAUGUUGUACUCCCACAACCCGCUCCACCCACUCCACCCGCACCACCCAGCUGCCCAGCAGCAGCAGCAGCAGCAGCACCACCACCACCAGCACCACCAUGCGGCGGCCCAGCAGCACGAGCAGCAGCGGCUGCUGAAGAAGCGCCAGCACGCGGAGCAGACGGCCGCCAAGGGUCAGCGAUCCGCGGCGGCGGCCGCCCAGAAAAUGGCCGAAGUGGAGCACGCCUACUUGUCGAAUCUGUACGGCAAGGCGGCGGCCAGCAUGCUGAGUCCGCCGCUGGGCAACGUCCUGCCCGAUUGGGAGCAGCAGAGGCAGCGAAGGACGCAGGCGGCGGCUCCGCUGUCCCAUCUCCACCAGUCGCAGCAGCAGCAGCAGCAACAGGCGGCGGCGGCGGCGGUGGCGCCUCCCCAGCGCCACAUAAUGCAUCGGAGGCAUAGCGUGUGCGCCGCCGGGUUGGCCAGCCUUUCGCCCGCCUCCUCGACGCACUCCUCUUCGGCAGCGUCGCCGACGAGCGCGGCGGCAGCUGCUCUGGCCGCCGCUUCCUACUACGGCAGUGCAGCGGCGGCGGCGGCGGCUGCGUUUACGGCACCAUAUCAGCACCACCACCACCACCAUGCGGCGGCGGCUGCGGCGGCCGCACACCAUCAUGCGGCAGCGGCGGCGGCGGCGGCUGCAGCGGCGGCAGCUCAUCACACGCACGGCCAGCCGUCGCCCACCAUUUACCCGCCCACUCCGCCGCCGUCGGCGCCGUGGGUGCAUCCUUGGUACGCCGGCGAUGCCGCCUUCUGAGCGAGAGAUCGCACUUACUAUAGAUCGUAGACAGAUCCAGAUCCAGAUCUAGAUACAGAUCCAAAUCCAGAUCGAGAUUGAGAUCGAGAUCCCAAUGGGGAAGCCAACUCAAGCCCCACAGUGUACAUUCGAGUUUCUAGAUUGAUAAGCUAUUUAUUAACGAGUGGACAGAAAGUAAAAUACCUAGAGAGAAAGUGAGAAAGCGAGAAAGUGAGAGGCCCUAAACAUUUUUUUUUGCGAGUGUGUCUGAUAGAGAUUAGGUCAUAAGUAGGAUAACUAAAACAAUUUCUGGGCAUUAUAUGCCAACUUACCAAUAAUCGAGGGCAACCUUAUCGAUGAUAUAUAACCUAGAGAGCUGCUGGGAUUUCGUUUGGUUGGGAACAACAACAAUUACAGCAAACAUUUUCAAAUGAGAACUCAAAGAACUGAUUACAUAUUAUUAUGAAAACAAAACAGAGAUCAAUUCGUAUUCGUUUCUUGAUUCGUUCGUGGUUUAAAAGUCUUUUUCUAGCAAUAUUUACAUACACUAACAGAUAUACUUGUUGUAUGCUAUACAUAUGUAAAAUAUAAGUGUAAUGAGCCAAUAAACUCGUCAUAUUGUAAGCAAGAAAUUAAAUUUCUUGCCUUUCAAAACUAUGCAAAAGAACUACAAACUACCAAUAGAGAACUACAAAAAGAACUAAGCGCGAAGGCAACUAUUCAAAAAAUUGUGAGUCAAAGAAUUUUGUAAGCCAGAAAAAGAAGAAGAGAUCCGUAGAUCGUAAGAAAUUCCAUUUAAUAUUCACUAUCUUAUAAUCGUGAAGCAUCAUCAAAAGUUCCCCAUUCGAACAGCAAAGCAUAACUCCUAAGCAUCUGUAUAAUUGAACAAUUUCCAAAUCUUAAAAAUAUUACAAAAAAUACAACUAAAAACUAAAAAAGAUAAAACAAAACAAAAUAAUAAGCUAAAAUGUAAACACACACAAAAAAAAAAAAACCAGAAAGUUAUGUUGAAAACAUACAAAAAAGAACACAUAAAUAUAAAAAGGAAAUCAUUAUGUUAUAUACAGUGUAUGUAUAUCAAAGAAUAUAUGUAUGUGUAUGAAAUACUUAAAUAUCCGUUUUAUGGAUUUAAGAACAUUUUUUUUUUACAUAGCUAUUUUUUAUUGGCGAAACAUAGAAAUAUUUAUUCAACUUUGUGUAGAUUGUGUUGCACUUACCUUUUUUUUUGCCACUUAUCGACUAUUGUAAUUCAGUUUAUUUAAGUGCUGUUAUUAAAUUAUCUUGGGCAAUUGUUCUACUACUUUAUUAUUGUGAGACACAGAGACACAGAUAGACAGAGAGAGAACUAAGUAAAUGAUUAUUAUUAUGAUUAUUAUUGUUAGGUUUAAAUGCCGUCAAAGUAUUUAUCAAAGUGUGUUUUCAGUGUUGGCAGUGCAACAGAAAACUAAAAUCAUAACGGAAAAUAAAGAAAUUAAGCAAAACUAAACAAAAUCAA